CAACUGUGAGUGUAUAAAAGGCGAAGCUCAUGGCGCUCCAGAGUCAGACAGCGAAACUCACAGAGUGGAGAAAUCCUUCAGUCUGGAGAGGAGAGAUCAGCUUCACUCAUUUUUACCAUUUGAGACAAACAUGAAGUCUGCAGUCCAGCUCAUCGUCCUCCUGGCCUUCGUCUUCCUCUGCUCCUCGUCAGGUUAUACUAUUACAAGAUGCAGUUGUAUAAAGACGAUCCCAACAGUGAGGCGCUUUCUCGUCGCUGAUGUGAAUGAGUACAAACCGAGUGCAAUUUGCAACAAGCAUGAAGUGAUAGCCAUCAUGAAAGAUAAUAAGCAGCACUGUCUUGAUCCGAAGUCAGAUUUCACCAAAAGACUCCUGCGGGAUUUUGCAAUGAAGAGGACAGCGUCUACAGAGAAACUCUCAACAACAACAACAACAACUGCAGCCACUACAAAGUCAGCAGCAACAUCAUCUGCUGUCAGAAGGCAGCGACAUUGAAGCUGCUCUUCAGCCUGUUUGUGUUGGUCUGAUUUUAUUUAAGUCUACAAACAUUCACACCAGCAGCUAAAACUAAAAAUAUUUAUUUCAGGCAACAACAGGCUUGUCAAUCAGCAAACUGUGACUUUCCAAAAUAUCUGUCAGUUUGUCCUUUAAUGUUUAAUUGUCUAAUGCUGUGUAGAAGAAAAGCUUCACUUCUUCCCCUUUGGGAAGAUGUAGACUUUUUUUUUCUUAUCAUAAUUUUGUUUAAUUCAAAUACGUUGUGUGUCUUUUUGUCUUUUAUUGCACUGUACAUAAAAAACACUUGCUGUUGAUGGUUAAAUUACAAUAAAUACAAACACAAAUAA